AUGUCUGAGCCCAUUCCUGAGUCUAUCCCGACCAGUCAAGACCCCCGAAGCAAGCGGCCCCUAAAACGUCGCGCGCUCACCCCCGUCUCCGAACAAGCCACUCAAAUCCAGUCUCUCUUUAAAGAUCCCUCGAAGGACAUCCGUAUCCCUGAUCCCUCCAAGCCCCGCACAAGCUCAUCUCUAGCGCCACCACCAGAAAUCGUCGCCAAUGUCCAGGGUUCCUCCGCCGGCGCGGGCUCGGGGGAGUUCCACGUCUACAAAGCCAGUCGGAGAAGAGAAUAUGAGCGCUUAAAGCUCAUCGAGGAGGAGCUGAAGAGGGAGCAAGCGGAUGAGAUGUUUGAGCGGAGAAGAGAGGAAGCUAGACGUAAAGAUGAGGAAAAGACGGAAAAGAAUAGGAGAAGGAGGGAGAAAAAGAAGAAGGCUAAGGAGAAGAAGGGUGCUGCAGGGCCCUCGGCUGCUGGUCCUAAUUCCGAAAUGCGGGAGCGGUGUAACGAGGGGAAUUCUAAUGGAGGGAUGGAUGGGGAUGAGCAUAAGGUGUCCGGAUUAGAGAACGCUGCGGAUCGGACCAAAGAAGAGUCUGGGGUUAUAAUUCACGAUGACGACUGA